AUGGUCUCCCGCUGCCUCUCUAACCGUGACUCCGCAGCCGCUGUCCACGACUUCCACCUCUCAAUCGACGUCCCUAGUUACUGUAAUGUUGACGACGAAUUCUUGGACGAAAUUGUGGAGGAAUGCGUGCUCUACGCCAUCAAUCACGACGUUCAAUCCGUCCGCGUCCACACCAAUCGCUCACUAACGCUUCCUGUAGCGUUUAUAUCCUGCAAGACGCUGCGGGAGCUCGACCUCCGGCAGUCGUUUUUGGUUUCCGUACUCGGUCGCUUAUCUUUACCUAAUUUGAAAACCCUUUAUCUUAAAACUGAAUUGUGCUUCCAAGGUAAUGACAACGAAAUGGAGCCUUUUUCCAGCCUUCCAGAGCUGGAGAAGCUUACUCUGAUCGGUUCUUUUGCUUAUGGCCUUGUUAUAAAGGCACCAAAGCUUAGAGUUCUUGAAAUCACCUCUCGUUCCGUACUGAAAGAGAUUUAUACUCCCCUGCUUACGUCUUUGAGAUACGAGUCUAAUUUGGCUUGGGAGUGUGCCAAUGUGAGUCUUCCCAUGUUGGAACAUGUCUAUUUAGACAUUCAUGAAUCUAGACCAUGGUACAAUUACCGACAUCACAUUCAUUUUGUUAAGAUGCUUCGCCAAUUUGAAAGUGCCACCACAGUUUCAUUGACUUUGGACACUCUUAGGGUACCUUUCGCUAAUGUUCUUGAAUACAAUGGUGGUCCCUUUGAGCAAACUCCUCCUCCCCCAUUUCCCAACAUGAAAUGUCUCAAGGUGAUAGAGGGGCGUCACGGAAUUCGCAAAGUAUUUGAAGGAGUAUUGAACUAUUUGAUGGGGACCUUGUAUUGUGAGGUGGAGUUUCCUCAUGCUGUGAUUGUUGUUGAGCAAAUUUUCGACAUAGACAAUUAUGAAGAGUAUGGUGAGUCAGAUUCUAAUUAUAGUGACAACGAUUAA